CAUUACAACCAGCAUGCAAAGCAAUGGAAAUCGCUGCUUGACCGACACCGCCUGUACCAGAGUGGAUUAAUACGCUUUCGUGAGGUAACCGUUAGCUGAAACGUCGAACGUUUUGCAUUUGCCAUCCUGAGACAGCAUGUUUAAUUUUAAUCCUUGUAAGGAAUAGUUGGGUUUUCGCACGAGAUUCAGUCCACCCACGAUUGCAGCAUCGCAUUCGCCAGCUCGUAUUGCAUUUACAGCAUUAUGUGUAGCGUAUAAUGAUGAAGCCCUCAGGCUGAGGCGGUUGUGGCGAUGUAUUUGCAGAAAGCAAAAGAUGCACGUCGAGUGUACGCGACGGUCAUUCGUACAAAAACAAAUACCGACGGCUAUAAAUCGCAGGGUAUUACAUAUCCCAAUGAUGAAAUGCAGAAUCAAUUGAUGAGCGACAUAUAUACCGAGGCAGGAAUUAAUCCCGCGGACGUGAGUUACGUGGAGGCUCACGGUACCGGUACAAAAGUAGGAGACAAAGUGGAGGUAUCUGCUAUUGAGAAACUGUUCUGCAAAGACCGGAAGACUCCCUUGCUAAUUGGCUCAGUCAAAUCCAAUAUGGGUCACUCGGAACCGGCCAGUGGAUUAUGCUCUAUCGCUAAAGUACUAAUCGCGAUGGAAGCAGGCGUAAUACCCGGCAAUUUAAACUUUAAGAAACCAAAUCCAGAUAUUCCAGCCUUGAAAGAGGGACGCAUUCGAGUAGUCGACAAGGCCACACCGUGGAACGGUGGUCUCGUAGGAAUUAAUUCAUUUGGCUCCGGUGGCACAAACGCACAUAUAAUUCUUCGCAGCAAUCCAAAACCAAAACCAUCACUGCUAUUGAACAUCGCCGAAUCAUUGCCGAAAUUAGUUGUUGUAUCAGGUCGUACAAAAGAAGCGGUGCAGGCUUUAUUAGAUAAAGCACAAGAGUAUUGUAAUGACGAUGAAUUUCUUUCGUUAUUACGAAUAAUUCACAAUAAUGAUAUUUUUGGCCACGAUGUUCGCGGCUACGAAAUAAUUAACAUCAAUGGCACACGUGAAGUGAGUGAGAUAAUGAGCUCUAAAGAAAGGCGUCCAGUUUGGUUCAUAUUUUCCGGUAUGGGCACACAAUGGGCGGGCAUGGGACGUCAAUUGUUCGGCAUUGAAACUUUUCAACGUAGUUUGCAACGAUGCGCGGACGCGUUGGCACCCCAUGGCAUCGACCUCAUGAAUAUCAUCAUGAACGCCACGGACGAGACGUUCGAGAAUGUACUAAAUUCUUUCGUGACUAUCACAUCUAUGCAGGUCGCUUUCGUGGAUAUUUUAACGUCGAUAGGUAUAUCGCCGGACGGUAUAAUCGGACACUCCAUUGGAGAAUUGGGUUGUGCUUAUGCUGACGGUGCGUUUACACUAGAGCAAACUGUCUUAGCGGCUUACUCUAGAGGCAAGGCGAUUAUGGACUCCAAGUUAGAACCGGGCGUUAUGGCGGCAGUUGGUUUGAGUUGGAAGGAGAUCAGAAAAAUGUGCCCACCCGAUAUCGUUCCAGCUUGUCACAACGCCGCGGACUCGAUCACUAUUUCCGGUCCGCCUGAAUCUAUGCAAAAAUUUGCAGAAACGCUCAAGAGCAAAGAUAUCUUCGUAAAGAUGGUGAAAAGUUCCGGCUACGCCUUCCACAGCAAAUAUAUCGCCUCGGCUGGGCCUAAGCUACGCGCUUCGCUCGACAAAAUCAUCCCAAAUCCAAAGCAAAGAUCAGCCAGAUGGAUUUCCAGUUCCAUACCCGAGUCUGCAUGGGGCAGUCCGCUCGCGCAAUCUAGCUCGUCUGCGUAUCACGUAAAUAAUUUGCUCUCUCCUGUGUUCUUCCACGAAGCGAUCGCGCAUAUUCCAGAGAACGCGAUAACAAUAGAAAUUGCACCACAUUGUUUGCUACAAACAAUUUUGCGCAGAUCGUUACCACCAACGGUGUCGAAUAUCAGCCUUCAUAAACGAGAUCAUUCGGACAACCUGGCCUUUUUGCUGUCUAAUGUGGGUAAGCUGUAUAAUGCUGGUGCGCAACCUAAUAUUUUCAAAUUAUAUCCGUCGGUAAGUUUUCCGGUCGGUCGAGGAACACCAAUGAUCGGGCCUCUAGUAAAGUGGGAUCAUUCCACCGCGUGGGAUGUGGCUUCUUUCAAUCAAAUAUCGAGUCACUCGGGAGAAUGUAUCGUCAAGAUAGAUCUGUCGAAAGAAACGGACGCGUAUCUAGCUGGACAUCAGAUAGACGGACGAGUCCUUUUCCCAGCUACUGGCUAUAUUCUGUUAGUAUGGAAAACUUUGGCGAAACUGCGUGGCACCGAUUUUGAAAGAUUGCCGGUGGUAUUCGAGAACGUGCGCUUUCAGCGAGCCACUAUUAUGCCAAAGGAGCGAAUGGUGAAAUUCUCGAUAACCAUCUUUGAGGGAACGGGCGAUUUUGAAAUCUGUGAGGCCGGUACAAUCGUCGUCAGUGGAAACGUCCACGCAUCCAAGGCUAUCGAGAAAGAUCAACUGAAGCUGCCGCCACCACCACCGCCUACUGACAACGAGAUUUUGCCAUUGAACGCCAAAGACAUUUAUAAGGAAUUGAGAUUGCGCGGGUACGAGUAUCGCGAUAUCUUUCAAGGAAUCAAAUCUUGCGAUAACUACGGCGUUGCUGGUCAAUUGUACUGGUUCAAUCAAUGGAUUCCGUACAUAGACACUAUGCUUCAGUUCAGCAUAAUGUCCACUAGCCAUAGAGUAAUGUAUUUACCGACGCGUCUCCAAUACGCGGCGAUCAAUCCCAUUCUUCAUAAACGACUGGUGGAAGAAUUACCAGAAAAUGGUGGCUUACCGGUGUAUCACUAUAAGGACAUCGAUAUUGUUAAAUCGGGUGGUAUCGAGCUCAGAGGAUUAAAAUCUUCUUUGGCACCUCGACGACAGCAGACUCAAGCCGAUCCUAAAUAUGAACAAUACACUUUCGUGCCCUAUGAAAAUUCGCAAAAUCUAGUAAAGGAUCCAAAGAGAGGAAAAAUACACGCACUCACUGUCCUUUUGCAAAUUAUGUGUGAGAACGUGAUGGCAUUGAAACUGAAAACUAUGGAGAUUGCGGGCGAACGAGCUGCGGAAGCUCUUUUGGCGCCGCUUAUAUUUGACAUUUUUAAUGGUGAACUAGGCUCACCUAUCAUUGAUUUACAAGUAAUCGCAGUUUCUGCCAACAAUUACAUAGAGAGUUUGAGUCAAAUGAACAUGAAAGUAAACGUCGUAACGCGAGACGUGAAGUCUGCACCUCCCGCUCAGGAUGUGCACCUCGUCAUAGCGGCGGAUGUUUUGUCAAAUCAGUCUCAUAUUAUUCUCCAAAACUUGGUGGCUGCUUUAAAACCUGGUUGUUUCAUUCUUCUGGAGGAAACCGCUAAGCAACUGGAUUUGAAGAUCACGUUAGAGGAAACUGAUCUGACGUUGGCCGGGAAACAAACCGAUCCGGUAGGAAAAACGUACUUGCUGCUAAAGAAACGAGAAGAAAGGAAAGAACCGAUGGUCAUACAAAUCACAGAGAACAAUCUCUCGUGGCUGGAGGAUGUAAAAACAGCAUUAAAGAAAUCUGAUAACGAGGGUCAAGAAGUGCUCCUUGUAUCCCAGGGCGAAGAAACGCUUGGCUUAGUCGGACUCAUGACUUGCAUACGGCGCGAGACAGGUGGUGCGAACGCGCGCUACGUCUUCAUCCAAGACAAGAGAGCUCCCAAAUUUGGCUUAUCCGUACGGUUUUACGAAGAACAAUUAAACAAAGGAUUGAUGGCCAAUGUGCUAAAAGGAGGACAAUGGGGCAGUUAUCGACACAUACAAUUAGAUGUAUGUUUAAAGCAGAUACAUCACGCGUAUGCAAAUACGUUGAGGAGAGGACAUCUUAGUAGCUUGAAAUGGAUCGAAGGGCCAUUGAAUUAUCAAAAAGGUCCUGAUAAAAAACUUUGCUACAUAUAUUAUUCGUCACUAAACUUCAGGGACAUCAUGUUGGCGAGUGGCAAACUAUCACCAGACAUCUUGCCACGAAAUAUGGCUACGAAAGAGUCCGUAUUAGGAUUCGAAUUCUCCGGGAGAGACGCUGACGGUCGUCGCGUGAUGGGCAUAGUUGAAGCUAAAGGAUUAGCCACUACUGUGGUAGCGGAUAUAAAUUUUCUUUGGGAGGUACCCGACAAGUGGACCUUGGAACAAGCAGCAACGAUCCCGAUUGCUUACGCGACUAGUUAUUAUGCUCUAUUUGUACGGGGUCGAUUAGAAGCAGGCGAAAGCGUAUUAAUCCACUCUGGUACAGGCGGUGUCGGUCAAGCAGCGAUUUCCAUUGCUUUGCAUGCUGGUUGUAAUGUCUUCACUACCGUGGGUACGCCAGAAAAAAGAGAAUAUCUCAAGAAAGUCUUCCCGCAGUUAAACGACAGGCACAUUGGCAAUUCUCGAGAUACUAGUUUUGAACAAUUGAUACGCGUCGAGACACAAGGACGUGGAGUCGAUGUCGUACUGAAUUCACUUGCAGAAGAAAAAUUGAAAGCCGGCAUUCGGUGCCUCGCGUACAAUGGCCGUUUUGUUGAAAUCGGCAAGUAUGAUUUGUCGAAUGACAGCCGUAUAGGAAUGUCAAUGUUUUUGAAAAAUACAUCUUUCCAUGGUGUAUUGUUGGAUAUAUUAUUCGGAGAAGAUGUUGACGAAAAAAAUAGAACGAUAAAAAAGGAACUGGUAAAACUCGUUUCGGAGGGAAUCAAGAAUGGCGCGGUACGUCCGCUCCAAGCAACGAUCUUUUCAGAUCAACAGCUUGAGGAGGGAUUCAGAUUCAUGGCGACGGGCAAUCACAUUGGCAAAGUGCUACUGAAAAUCCGUGAUGAGGAACCGAAGAUGCGCGUACCAAUGCCGAAGACAGUAACCGCAAUUCGGCGUACUUAUUUAAAUCCGGAAAAAUCAUACGUCUUAGUCGGCGGUCUCGGUGGUUUCGGCCUGGAACUGGCCGACUGGAUGAUCAGCCGCGGCGCCAAAUUUAUCGUUCUCGUAUCGCGCUCAGGCAUACGCACCGGUUAUCAAGACUUACAGGUGCGUCGCUGGCGCGAAAACGGCAAAAUAAUCGUCAUUUUUACAGAGAAUGUUACGACAUUAUCCGGUACUCAACACUUAAUUGAAGAAAGCAACCGGUUGGCUCCUAUUGGGGGCAUAUUCAAUUUGGCAGCCGUCCUACGUGACGCUCUCAUCGAAAACCUGGAAGAAGCCGAUUUCAAAACGGUUAUUUUACCAAAAAUCAACGUUACAAGAAAUUUAGAUGCGGUAUCGAGAAAGCUCUGCCUAUCGCUAGAUUAUUUUGUGGUAUUUUCGUCUCUAUCGAGCGGUCGCGGCAAUAAGGGUCAAACCAACUACGGUUUUGCAAACUCGGCCAUGGAGAGAAUAAUGGAAGAGAGGCAGGCUAAUGGCUUACCUGGUCUCGCCAUCCAAUGGGGUGCCAUCGGAGACGUUGGCUUAAUCAUGAAAAUGAUGGGAGGUAACGACGCCGAGGUGAGCGGUAGUAUACCACAACGAAUAUCGAGUUGUUUCGCAACGAUGGAUAUAUUCCUUCAACAACCGUAUCCGGUGCUGGCUUCUUCGGUAUUAGCUGAAAAAUAUAAAUCCGACAAUGACAACAAGACCAAUCUCAUCGCAACCGUUACCAAUAUCUUAGGCAUUAAAGAUGUUGAUUCGAUUAAUCCCAAUAAUACCUUGGCCGACUUGGGUAUGGAUUCGUUAAUGGACACGGAGAUAAAACAGACUCUUGAAAGAAAUUACGAUAUCGUAUUAUCGGCGCAAAAGAUUCGUACCUUAACCAUCGGUACAUUGCAAAAAUUAUCUAAUUGAUAGCAAUAGUUUAGAGUAGUAAUA